AUGCAGACGGACGAGCUCGACCACUUCCACUUCCCGGAGUACAUCACCACCGCUAGACAGAGCGCCGGACUGAAGGCAGCUCACGAGGACAUCAGCCUCCUCCAGCGGUGUAACAAGACGCAGGACAAGAUCGCCAACAAACUCAAGAAGAAUGUCAGGAAGAUGGCUGAUCAGAUCCGAGUGAUGCAUGAUAAGUUGAUUUGUGUUGCCUCAGCUUCCGGUGGAGUACAGAGGACCGCAGUCGGAGCACGACCAGCGGAUCGCUCCGAGGACGAGCCUGACCACGACACCACCGUCGGUCGGCCACCACCUCCUGACCAGCCACGUCACUCUUCCUUCGAGCCGCGACAGCAAAGGAAGACGCGCCACAGAGAGCACCAUACCGCGAGACCUUCCCACGCACGUGCUGACGCAGACUUGCCUUUAAGGCGAUGUAGCUCCGUUUCUAGGCCGACCGCUCCGACGGAUCGUCACACUCCGCCGACGAGAGCUCCACCGGACCAGUAUGUGCCAUUCAGCACCGAUCGAGCUGCACCCUCCACCAUCCCUCCAUACACACAGGACAUCAUGCAAGACGAGCUCGACGCGAUCAUUCAUGGCCGCCACCACUGA